CACUACAUUUCCCAUGAUGCUCCAGUGCGCGCCUCACGCUCUGUCCGGCGCCGUUUCCUGUUCGCCUUAAACACCAGGACAACGACGACUGACAAACUCCGCUACCCGCGCCAUGCAGGAGAGCCGAUGACGGUGCCCAUCGCCAGCCGCCCCGUGACAUGGAGAAUGCUUUGAGCAGAAGCCUGGACUCCAGAGGCUCCCUGCCCACCUCGGGCUCCGUCUCUCCGGCACAACUGGCAGCCAGGCUGGACUCGUACGAGACGGGGGGCCGCAGGUCGAUCUCGGAUGUGCGGCGGACCUUCUGCCUCUUUGUCACCUUUGAUCUCCUCUUCAUCACCCUGCUGUGGAUCAUCGAGUUGAAUGUCAACGGGGGCAUCCAGGAGAGGCUGAAGGAGGAGAUCCUGCAUUACGACUACCACAGCUCGUUCUUUGACAUCUUCGUCAUCGCCGUUUUCCGUUUCGCCGUCCUGAUCCUCGCUUAUGCUGUGUGCCAGCUGCGACAUUGGUGGGCCGUAGCGGUCACGACGGCGGUUACCAGUGCCUUCCUCAUCGUCAAAGUCAUCCUGUCUAAGCUCCUGUCCCAGGGGGCCUUUGGCUACCUGCUGCCCAUCAUCUCCUUCAUACUGGCGUGGAUCGAGACCUGGUUCUUGGACUUCAAAGUGCUGCCCCAGGAAACCGAAAAUGAGAACAGACUCUUCUCCAUCUCGGCCCCCUCGGAGAGGGCCGCUCUUCUUCAGCCGGGACCGCUGUCAGACGGGCAGUUCUACUCGCCACCAGAGUCCGUGGCAGAUUCCGAUGAGGACAUCGAGGAGAAGCACGAUCACGAGAAGCCGGUCCUCUAGCUGGACACACUUCACAAAGGACGGUGCAGGACCACCCUGGACACUGAGACCCCCCGGAGGUCCGCCGUCUCCUCACUUCUGUUCUUCUAUCUUUUGUGUUGCGUUUGAAGCGAUUUGUCGGCUCGGUGCCCAGGACGCUGCCACGCCGCCAUUCAUCUGAUGUCCUGGACUGGCACUUUAAGCAGCCCUCGGAUGGCCUCAUUGGUGACUGUGGCCAGAGGUGCUGCCCACUUUCUGCACUGAUUUCUGGGGGUCUUGUGUGCCCCCCUGACGCCGUAACGGUUCAAGGAUUUCAAGAGGUCCACAGGGCACUGAAGAAGAAUGGCUGGCAUCCACACUGUCACCUGCCUCUGGCUGUGCCCCGAUUAGGACAACCGGAAGUGACGAGAGGGUGAGGAGAGCCGCACCACCACACACCUUCCACUAGGGGCGUCACAGUCUUCCACUUCUCAGGGACACAUUCGCCGCCCGCGUCACAGUCACUGGUCACCUCCUCACGCAGCACGAGUGACCCUCUCGGGGGGUCUCCUGACCUGGCCACAGCUGACAGUCCCUCCUGUGGCCAUCGUCAUGCCCCCCAGUGUUGUGUGUCCAUCCCUGACUUUGCCACCAGUGCACCACUUUCUGUGGGUAACGUGAGGGUCCUGCCCUCUGGGUCCGAUGCCCUCUGUUUGUAUGGACUGGUCUCAGGUGGCCUCUUGUUUUUAUUUUGGCUGCCCAGGACCCCGACAUUGGGCCCGCCUUUAGGUGCCUUUGAUGACACCCAGAGUGCCAAGGGCUCCACUUCUGCCUCAUUUUGCCAAAAGGCUUGGUGGUCGACCAUUGACUUGGGGUUCAGUAUGGUGGUCUUUUAAAGGGACUCCAGGAUUUUUACUUUUGUUCAUUUCAAGCAAUUUUUGUAUAGUGCCCUUCCAGGGUGGGCAAACACCUAAGAGUGGUGUGCCUGUGACCCGCUGUGCCAUCCUUAACGUGGAUGCAGCCCACAAUGAUUUCCUUUGCAGUUCUGCUGUCCCCCCUUGUAUGCCCACACCUAGCCCUGCCACCCCAGGACCCUUUGACCCUCGCCAGCGGCCUUUGAGGUACCAGACAGACUGAGCGGUGGGCAUUAUGGUGGUCCUGACUGACAGACUGCAACUUCCCUUCUGCUUUGCACGUGUGGUGCCCCCUUGAGUUGAGGUGGGCCUAAUGGGGACGGGGUGAACCCAAACCUGUGACCAAUGAAGCCCAGUGGUGGGGGCAGUGGUGCCAGUCCUAGCCCCCUGACUCUAAGCCGGUGCCUGCUGCUGCCUUGGAUUUUAGGACUCGUCUCAUUUCGGUGCCAUUGCUGCUUCACUUUCUUGUUCUUUUGACCGUUGGGCUCGUUGUCAUUAAAAGGACUUUGAUUACGUCA